CUCCUUAUUAAGCUUCGGGGUUAUAUGAGGGGAGUUAGCCUCAUCUGAGGUCCGACGUGGCGGCGCAUCCUACGUUUAACAUUGCAUGUUCGGCACGUGGCAGCUUACGCAGCGGCGGAUGGACGAUCCAUCACUAGACAGGCAUUCCCUCGGUCUAUAUUGUACUUUAAACGAGGUUCCCUUUCACAUUCAAUUAUCACACAGCAUUUGCAAACCCAGAACAGAGCAAGGAAGGUCAGACCCAAUGCAAGAAGAUGCAAUCCGCAGAAGAGAAGCUCAAGAACGUGGCCAGUUCUGCCAAUGAGCACAUCAACAUAGCCAAAGCCAAACUUGAAGAAAAGGAGGAGAAAGCGGUGGCGAGGACACCGGAGGAGAAAGAGAUGGCGCACCAGCACAGGAAGGCUAAGGAGGCCGAGGCCGAGGCCAAGAUGGAGCUGCACCAAGCCAAGGCGAAGCACGCAGCUAAUAAAUUUACUGCCAAGCAUUCCACCUUGGCAGGCAAUGUCCAAGAGCCAGCGACUCGUGUGGUUGCAGCCCCGGGCCACCAAACCGGACACCAGCCCAUCGGGGUUGCAGAUCCAAUGACUGGAACCACAGUUCCGACCUACCCUUUAGGAGGGCACCCGCCCCACUCAGGACACACACACAAGUAUAUGCAGUGCUUCGUGUUUUAAUUAAGACAUGGUUUGCCUAGACAUUAGCCCUUUUUUUAAGUUCGUUGGGGUUUGUUCUGGGCCUCUUUUUACUACAAGUGAACUUAUUUAGAGCACAAUGAGCGGCACAGAGUCGCUUUGCUCUUAUGG